AUGACUGUCAGAAACCAAACUGCCUGCAUCCAAUGUCCUGCUGGUUUUGCAUGUCCAAGUACAUCAUCCAAUCAGAACUUCACCUGUCAUCCUGGCACUUACGCUGUGGCUGGUUCCACGGUCUGCACCUCGUGUGCUGCGGGUUACGAGUGCCCAGAUGUGGAGAGUCCACAGAGAGAGCCGUGUAAUUCAGGGUACUUCAGUAUCGGCUCCCAGGCAGCAUGUGAUGUGUGCCCUGCUGGCUUUGCUUGUUAUUCCUCUGCUAACAGAACACAGUGCAUGCUGGGUACCUACUCGCUGGCAGGUUCUGUCCACUGUACGCCCUGUGAAGCAGGCCUGGAGUGCCCGUACAUCAACCGGACUGGUGUAGAGUGUGAGGACGGCUUCUACAGCCUGGGGGGUCAGUACCAGUGUACCCCGUGUCCCCCGGGGUGGUACUGUGCUCAGAAAGAUAUUCCACCUGUGAUCUGUCCGCGAGGUACCUACAGCAGUAACUCCACUAUAGCGUGUAGCAGCUGUUCUGCAGGGUACACAUGUGGAGAGAACAGGAACAGCAGUGAGCCACUGGAGGAUAUGUGUCCAAUAGGUUUCUACUGUCUUGAUGGGAAAACUGCCAUUCUCUGCCCAGCAGGCACCUACGGCAACACAACGGGGGCCAGAAAUGUCACGGAGGGGUGUGCCCCAUGUCCCCCAGGUUACCAGUGUCCUGAGGGGACUGUGUACCACCCCCUGCACCCCAACUCUACAGCCCUGCUCUGCCCCCAGGGCUCCUACUGCCCUGAGGGGUCCGGUGAGGAGAGCUUUCUGUGCCCAGCAGGGACCUACAGUACCAUGGCUGGUCUAGGGCGCAUAGAGGAGUGUGAAGAUUGUCCUCCAGGGUACCGUUGCCCCAGACAGGGAAUGACUGCACCCUACUUCUGUGACCAGAGUUAUUACUGUCCUGUAGGAACUAUUGAUCCCAUACGCUGCCCCGCUGGGUAUGACACAGAGCCAUAUGCUAAGAAUUCCUCAGACUGCAAACCGGUUAUAGCAGGCCAUUACACCAAGGGCACUCACGCCAGGGAGUCCUGUUUUGGUGGUUACUAUGGCAACAUCACAGGACAGCCCAGCCAUGAUCUGGCCUGCAUUCCCUGCCCCCCAGGGAAGUAUUGCCCCCAACGUGGCAUGACAGAGCCUGGAGAAGACUGCCCCCUGGGGUAUUACUGUCCCUCAGGGACGAUCCUCUGGCACCAGUUUCCCUGCCCCCCUGGAACUUUGGGUAAUGCUACGGGCCUGAUGACUGUGGGAGGCUGCGAGAGCUGUCCUGCGGGGUACGCUUGUCUGGAAGCCUCUGGUCACCCUGAUGUCCCCCUGAUAAUCUGUGCCAAAGGUCACUACUGUCCAAAUGGGACAUCGUCAGAUGUUGAGUUUCCGUGUCCAGGAGGGACGUACAACCCUGAUGUGGGGAAGGGCAGAUUAUCAGACUGUAAAACUUGUCCUGCCGGGCAGCUGUGUCCACCUGGGACUUACGAAAUAUCGGAGUCUUACUCCUUCUGUGAUCGGGGCCAUUACUGUCCAGCGGGGACAAACCAGUCCGUGCCGUGUCCUGGAGGAACUUACAACCCAGAUGAAGGAGGCACUAAUGUCACCAUAUGUCGUGGAUGUCCAGCCGGCCAUUUCUGUCCCCCUGGCAGCAUUAUGCCAUUGCCUUGUGAUCCUGGCACCAUGAACCCUCACGUCAACCAGUCCAAUCAGACAGCCGCUUGCCAGCCAUGCACUGCGGGCAAAGCGUGCACCGGCUACGGACUGAUAGAACCAGAUUCUCCCUGUCUACCCGGUCAUUUCUGUGCCCCAGGCACGGCCACGGCAAACGAAACUGAAUGUCCGGCAGGUACCUUCACUGACCGCGAUGAUUUGACCUCUUUUACAGAAUGUGAGGUUUGCCCCGCAUCAUUUGCAUGUUUCGCAGGCACGGGGGGUUAUAAACUGCGCCCCAGGCCGUGUCACAGAGGUGCGUACUGUCCAGCUGGUACGACCUAUCCUUGGAAAUACCGCUGUCCAGCGGGGACAUGGAGCGACAUGACCAACCUGGUCAGUGUUGACCAGUGCUAUACAUGUCCCCAGGGUUAUUACUGUAAGAAGGGGUCUUGGAAGGUCUGGGGGGAAUGCUUCCCUGGACACUACUGCCCUGAAGGUACGCCGGCUGGUGACACCUAUCCCUGUCCUAAUGGGACUUACAGUAAGGACGGGACGCACUGCGCCUCCUGUCCCAUGGGGCACUACUGCAUGGAGAAGACGCACAUUCCGGAUCCUUGUGAACCAGGUUCCUAUAACCCAAACUAUGGUGGGAAGACCAUUCUGGCCUGCUUGGACUGCCCAGCGGGUCAUUACUGCCCAGAUAAUGGCACCUUCGUCCCCAAGGCUUGUGGAAAGGGGAUGUUCUCUGAGGUCGGUUCGUACAACUGCACAGUCUGUCUGGCGGGUCACUACUGCGACAGCGCCACGACCUCGGCCACCGUCAUGCUGACGUCACGCGUGUGUCCACCUGGUACCCAGUGUCCAGCCGGUCAGCAGCUGCCGCCAGAUGUGUGGAACAAGUGUCCGAAGGGUCACUACUGUCCUGGGGCGGCUGUCCACCCUGAAGCUCUCCCCUGUCCUAUUGGUACAUUUAACCCCGCCCUGGGUCUGGAGGCAGAGUCUCAGUGUGUGGUGUGUACAGAGGGUAGAUACUGUGAUGAGGAGGGGCUGGCGGCCGCCAAGGAAUGUCCCGCUGGAUAUUACUGUGUUGAAGGCAGUAUUUACGCCCAGCCCUGCCCCCUGGGGACUUUUAACGGCAUUCCCGGCUCCACCAGUGACAGCUACUGCACCAAGUGUUCAGGAGGGAAAUACUGCAACGAACUGGGACUGACAGCGCCAUCUGGUGACUGUACUGCUGGGUUCUACUGCACGGAGGGUUCGACCACCGCCGCUCCAAAUAACACCAGUACUAGUCACAUGGGUGGUAUAUGCCCUGAAGGGAGUUACUGUCCCGCUGGAUCCAGUGUCCCGACUCCCUGUCCCGGCGGGACAUUCAGUAAAGCCACAGGUGGUAGAAGUGUCAAUGACUGUCUGUCAUGUGACCCUGGAUACUACUGUAUUGGCAGUGGCACCGCCACUGCCAUGUUUGCGUGUACCAAAGGUUAUUACUGUGACGGGGGUGCAACAAAUGCAACCCAGCACACGACCCCGGCGGGUCAUUUCUCAGGUCCCGGGUCCAGCAGUCCAGAACCCUGUCCUGUGGGACAGUACCAACCAGCCCCCAACUCGGACUCCUGUCUCCCCUGCCCCCCGGGCUUCUUCUGCAACAGCACAGCCACUGUGGAAGACACAAAAAACAUCUGUCCCCUUGGACAUUACUGUCCUGAAGGCAGCUCCCUGCCGACACCAUGUCCUGCUGGAUAUUACCUCAAUGACCUGAAGAGCUACCAUCUGUCGGAGUGUACACCGUGUACUGAAGGUUUUGCAUGCACUGAGAGCAGCCUGGCUCAACCAGUGGUGAAGUGUCACGCUGGACACUACUGCCAACAAGGAGCCGCCACAUCCACUCCGGUCGGGGAGACAUUUGGUGACCUCUGUCCAGCUGGUUAUUUCUGCCCUGAGGGAACUGCAUAUUUCAGCCACCAUCCCUGCCCUAAUGGUACCUACAGCAGCGUCUCGGGAGGAAAGGAGGAGGCUGACUGUCUCCUCUGUCCCCCUGGUAUGGUGUGCAGUGGGGCAGCACUAACGACACCUACAGGAAAGUGUGCACCAGGAUACUAUUGCAUAGGGGGCAGCACCAAUUCAAGACCUGAUAAUGUCACUACAGGGGAUGUGUGCAAGAUGGGCCACUAUUGUCCUGAAGGCUCAGCCACCUCUCAGCAGUGUCCCCCAGGGUCAUUCUCCAACGUGACUGGUCUGUCCACCUGCUGGCCUUGUCCUGCUGGCUAUUACUGUGAGCUGGACACUGGGGUGGAGGAAUAUACUGUCCCCAGGGUCUGUCUCCCUGGACAUUACUGUCCUGAGGGUAGCGCUGUGGACAUGCCAAAAUGUCCUCCUGGGACUUAUAGUGGCAGUCAGGGUUUAGCCAGUGUGGACGAGUGCACCCCGUGUCCAGGAGGAUAUUUCUGCUUCAAGUAUGGUUCCACAGGGUACAAUCCCACGGUGAAUGUGUCUGAGUCUGGAGUGGGGAUAUGUGAAGAAGGGUACUACUGUAAAUCUGGAGCAAGCAGUGGUACCCCCACCCCUGACACCAGUACUGGUCUGGCUGGUCCUUGCCCCACUGGUCACUACUGUCCAGUCCAGACUGAGGACCCGGUACCUUGCCCCAGUGGGACCUACAGGGACACCCCACUGGCCAGAGCUGUACUGGACUGUGUCCAGUGUUCCCUGGGGAUGUACUGUGCCAGGACUAACCUCAGCCACCCCCAGGGACCCUGUGAUCCUGGCUUCUACUGCUUAUCAGGGAGCAAUACCCCCUCUCCCACUGGGGACAACCCCACCCAGGGGGCACCUUGUCCUGUGGGUCACUACUGUCUGGCAGGCACCUCCACCCCCCUGAACUGCCCCGCGGGUACCUACAACAACCUGACUGGUCAAGGUGCUUGUUUGACCUGUCCAGCUGGGUUCUACUGUCCAGAGAAUAUAACAUCCUAUGAGGAAUACUUGUGUCCUGUUGGUCACUAUUGUCCCAAUGGUACUGGCCAUGCCUAUGAGUACAAGUGCCCCAAGGGAUACUUCAGGAAUACUACAAUGGGAGAGAAGUUAUCAGACUGCUAUCCAUGUCCUGGGGGGUAUUACUGUGAGGGAGAGGGGCUGACUGGACCUACUGGACUAUGUGAUGCAGGUUACUUCUGUAUCCAUGCCGCCUGGUCUGCCCACCCCUCAGACUACACCAACUAUACCCUGGGGGACUGCCUCUGUCCCUCCACUGUGACAGGGGGAGAGUGCCAGCCGGGGUAUUACUGUCCUCAGGGGUCCUGGGAACCCAUCCCCUGCCCUGGGGGGAUGUACUGUGCUGGGCCAGGUCUCUCUGAGGUCACAGGAUCUUGUCAAGAAGGUAACUACUGUGUCCUGGCCGCCAUGCGCCCCGAUCCUGCAGAUGGGGUGACAGGUGACACCUGCCCAACUGGAUGCUACUGUCCAAACGGCACAAGUGUCCACCAGCCAAAGUGUCCAGUGGGGACAUUCUCCAACAGGACGGGACUGACCGCUGUCGCUGAGUGUGAGCCUUGCCUGAGGGGUUACUAUUGUGAUGUGGAGGGACUGAGUUUUCCUGAGUCCUUGUGUGAACCAGGCUACUACUGCCUCACAGGUCAGACCACCACUGACUUGUACCAGUGUACUCCUGGUCACUACUGUCCACUAGGGAGCUACGAGGAGCAGGAGUGUCCUAGUGGUCACUACCAGGAUAUGUAUGGACAGAGCACCUGUCAGCUAUGUAGAGCAGGUAGGGGGCAGUGGGGGGUUAUAGCAGGAGUGUCCUAGUGGUCACUACCAGGAUAUGUAUGGACAGGGCACCUGUCAGCUAUGUAGAGCAGGUAGGGGGCAGUGGGGGGUUACAGCUGGACUGUCCUAGUGGUCACUACCAGGACCUGUAUAGACAGGGCACCUGUCAGCUAU